UACGGUUACGGCACAGUGGGACAACUUAGAGCGGGCAGCCACUAUUGCACAGCUGGUGGGAGUGGACACGCUGGGGCUCAUCUCGAUGAUCGUACAGGCAGCACAGACGGUUCGCCGUAACAAGGAGACCUGCCAGGAGCUCGUGCAGGACGUGCAGCUGAUAAAUAAUGACCUUCUGCGGAUGCUGCAAGACCCAGAGAUGAUGCAGCGAGCCGAGAUUGUGAACGCGCUGAAUGGCCUGGAGGGGACGCUCCAGGAGGCGUACAACCUCAUCAGCUCCUGCCGGGAUUGCAGCGCAGCAUACCGCAUUUUCAUGGGAUGGAAGCAGACCGACCAGUUCCGACGCGUGAAGAAGAAGAUUGCAAAGCACCUCCGGUUCUACCCUGUGAUCAGCCAUGCCGACAUAACCCGUCGCCUGGAAAGACUUAGCAAUGGUGCUCUAUCGUCGACAUGCUCAUCCCAGGGUGCAGGAGUGCUGACAUCGUCUACUAGCCACUCAAACUCUGAAGCUUGGUUAGAACUAAGCAAUUUGGUCACAUAGUCAACUGGCCGCCACAUGAUUUCAAAAACAUCUGUCCACGUACAAAAAACA